AUGAUCCUAGUGUGCAGCAUCUGCGGGGCCUCGCACUACACCCAGAACUGCCCGGAGAACGCCAAAGGAGACCAUGUUAAGGAUAAGCCGACGCUUAACCUUUCAAGGUCAUCGGUGCCGAACGGGUUGCUGAUAAUGGACACACCGGAGGGUGGCAGCUGCGUCGUGACGUCACAAAAGUUUGCCAAAGGGACCCGCUUCGGGCCGCUGCUCGCGCAGCGCUCCUACGUGCCGGUGAAGAGUAUUCCGUUUCCGCUCGUCCUGUUCGCACCGCCCUACUACCAGGAGGGCGAGGACGAUGAGUACAGCGCCGAGCUGCAGACGCUGUUCAGCAGCGGUCGGAACGUGUAUCUGGACACGCGCAACGAAACCAAGUGCAACUGGAUGAUCCACGUCAGUCUGGCCCGGUUUUCGAACGAACAGAAUCUCAUUUGCUACCAGGAAAAUGACGAAAUCUACUACUCGGCAGUGAAGGACAUCGAGCUGGGCGACAUUCUACGGGUGUGGUACUCGCGAAGCUACGCCGCCAAGAUCGGAGUGUCGCUGCUCGAGCCGAGCCCGUACGACAUUUGCAACAACAUACUACGCUCCGUCAGCAUGGACUAUGGGUUUGCGCUGGAGAAAACGUCCAGCAACGGUUUCGCGGCUGAUGAGUAUAACCGAUCGCCGCCAAUGAUCGCAACGACGAUCGCUGGUGGGCUGUGUGCGGACAGUUGCAGCACACUAUCCUGUGGCGCUGGCCGCGAUAGAGUUCCCAACAGCACCGCCGACUCCAUCAUGAUUCCACCUGCGUUCGAUGAUACCUUCUCCUCGAUGCCGCACAGUGUUGGCAGUGGUAGUGAGCUUGCGGAUAUCGAUAACAACAACAAUAGUAGCAACUUCUGCUCCGCUACCUCCGAUUUGCUGGCAACCGGACAGCGGUGCAGCGGCGGAUCACCGGCAUCGACUUCGGGGUACGAUAAGGUAUCGCUACCGCCCAUUGACAGUCUGAUGAAGACGACCUCACCAAAGUACAGCAACACACCGCUGCACCACCAACAGCACCACAUGUUCGAUUUGGAGUUACUGGGAACUGGUGCGGCACUGUCCGCAGCAUCGUCUGCGAACGUGGCUGAUUUGAUGGAUGAUUACUUCAACCAUAGCUCCGCGGUUACCCAUUCUAGUCAGCAUGUGGGGCAACCGGAGCAUCAACAAUUAAAUCACCACCACCAGGAACAGCAGCAGCAUUUGGCGCCGUUCGCUCAGCACAGUCAAAACCAUAACCAUCACCAUCAUCUUCAGCAACAACACCUCGGAAUGAUCUCUAUGGCACCGGAAGAUGGCCUGGCGAGACAGCUUGGCUCCCAUCUCGAACAGCAAUCGCCGAUCAGUCACAUGCACCACCAUCAUCACCCGCAUCAAUCGCAGAUGGUGGGUUCAUCUGCGAACCUGCUCGAUUAUGCGCCGUGUCUUCCGGACGAUACGCUGAGUCCGGCCGAUUUGAUCAACAUUUCGCUCGGUGCCAGUGACAUCAACAUAGCGUUCGAAUCGUUCGACGAAGCUACCAUCGGCGGAAUGGGUGACAACGCGAAUGGCCACAUGAUGUCCUAUGAUACGGCUGGCGACGAGCCGGACGGUGCCGCUUUCUGUGACUCCAGCUUUACCCUCAUGGCCGCUACCGGGACGAAUUGCAGCGACAGUGGAGGCACUGGUGGUGGAUUGGAAAAAUUGCACAGCCGGUUCUCGUCCUCGUCCGACUCGUUGAUCACGCUCAAUGAUGCUGGUAGCGUUGGGGGAGUGACGGCCGUAACACCGACUCCCUCACUAGUGCCUUCGACACCGGGUGGAAGCGUAGCAGCGGAUACAGACACGGAGAAGAAGCACGUGUGCGAGGUGUGUCUGCGAAAGUAUAUGACCAAGUCGAACCUCGAUAAGCACGUGCGCAAACACAAUCUCUUUCUGUGCGUAUUCUGCAUGAAGCUGUUCCAGCAGGCGGACGAACUAAAGGAGCAUGAGUGCAGCGAGCGCCGAACCAAAACCGCUUACCUGCACUGUCCGAAGUGCUUAAAAGUACUGUCGAACUCUUGGUCACUGCAGCGGCACAUGAAAAUCCACAAAGAGCUCAUUCAUGAUGAACCGUCGAUGGUGGCACUGGCGAUCGCUGGCGGCACGGUAGAGGAGCGGUCAAACGCUGUAAUCGAAUCACCGGCCUACGAGGAUAUUUCCAUCACGUCAACGGCCACGGAAGAGGAUGUGAAGCCCACGGUUGAGCACCGAUUGGAGGACCGAGUCGAUGGAGUCAAUGCGAUGAAGUUGAUCGCUAGUAACGAGAUCAAGCAAGAGAUUUUCGAUCCCGAACUAGUGCCACCACAGCAGCAGCAAUCGCUUGCGGGUAAACUUUCAAUAAAACCGGAACCAGGCGCCCAUAGGGUUGGCUCAUCGCCCAGCUCCCCGGUAGCACCAGUUGGUUCAGCUUUGCCUAAUGUUACCACUGGCACAGCUCCGACAAAUACAAGCUCGAGCCAGGAUAUGAUCACCAACGUGCAGGCGCCGAACGGGAAGCAGCUCUACAAAUGUAUUGUGUGUUCGAAACUGUUUAAAAAUCCGAAUGCCCUCGAAAAGCAUCUGCGCAAAGUGCACACCGCCUACACGGUGUCGAACGACUACAAAUCGGAGAAGAAGGUGAUGAGCCAGCUGAACCAAAAGAAAACGUCUCCGAUAAAGCCGGCCAUUGCGAAGGCGCUGGCUACGAAGUUGUCGCAAAAAAGCAAAAAACAGGAGGAACUAAAUGCUGCCGCUGCUGCGGCGGCAGCUGCAGCAGCGAGCGCUUCCGGUGCCCCAUCGUCUGUUGCUGAACCACAGCCGCAACUCGGUAACGACAGUAGCCCAAGAACGGUGACACAUGAUUCGUUGCAGCAAAACAAAACGGUUCAGCAACCAUUAAAAGAAUCAACACAUGCGUCACGGGCGCAGAAUGCUAAGAAAAAGCACGCCACAGCCAACGGGAGCGAGCUUGGCAGUAAUAGCUGUCCCGGCAGUGCAAUCACCGAAGCUAACCAGAGACAACAUCCAAAUUUGGGAAGCCGAGACCGGAGAGAGCUUCAGAUUGCAUCCAAUGCCAAAGAUCCCACCACGGGUUGCAUCACGCCGGCGUCGUCUGUGGCCGCUACUUCAGCCGCUGCCAAAUCGCACAGCAUCAUCAUCAUCUCGAAUCUGGAGCUGACCAAUAACAAUCUCAUCGACACCAGUCAGCUGUUCCACGGGGCCGCCGGCACUGGAACCGGGCCUGGCAAUAGUGCACUCGGAAACAAGCUCGAUGUGAAAGUAUUAAAUUCGUCGGACAAAUUGCCGAAACUGGUGCCGAUUUCAAACCACCACCAUCAUCCACCGACCGUGGUCAGCAUGGGUGGCCCCGCGGGUACGCUGCAGCUGCCUGCUGGGGCCAUAAUGGUUCCAACCACGGGGACGGUUACCAUGGGAAAUAUGAUGAACUCUAAUGUACAGGCUGGAAGUGGUGUGGCAAGUGCCGUUCCUACAGAGAGUGUCUUUGUAUCGUCCGGCGGCAGUGCUACUGUGGACGUCGAGGGAUGUAGCCUCGUGGUCGAGGAUAUAUCCAGUGCAGGAGCCGGAAGUGUGGGCUCAGUCCCAACGUUGCAUGAAUCGCAGCUUCUUACGCUGUCCUCCAUAAAACUGGCCGAUUCCAACGAUCCAGCGGCCGAUGGUGCGGUGGCACUGGAAGAUUUGAGCUUCGGUUCGGGCCAGCAAUCCGUCGAAAAGUCGCGUCCGUUGCUUUCUCCGGACGAUUUAUCUAACGAUCACGAUUGCGCUUCGAUGAUCGCUGAGUCUGACCACGCGCAGCUAUCACAAACAUUUCCAUGUGACGAAUGUGAUCGAGUAUUUGCAAAGAACUAUCAACUGAAACGGCAUUUGGAAAUUCACGACAGUGUUUACUACACGUGCCCGUAUUGCGAUCGCGGACCGUUGAAGGCGAAAGCAUCUCUGCGCAAGCAUCUCUACAACGUGCACCCGGAGCGUGCUCCGCCCAAGGAGCAGAUCAACAAAUUCAUCUCCACUCUGGUGGUAACGGAUGAGAAUGUUCUUCGGGAGCUGGCGAUAAAAAAUGAGCGUAAAAUACGCAACAAAAGCGCCAAACAACAGGCAAAACAGUUACAACAGCAGCAGCUGCUGAAGCAACGGCAGAAACAGGAGCAGCAACAGCAGGAUCAUCAUCAAAAGUUGGAUACACUUUGCAACAGUUCGACUUCGGGGAACUUUCUUGCAACCACGAAUGUUGCUGCGACUGGUAACGUUAUUAUGUACGAAAAUGGUUUCCCGAGGUCAGCGUUGAUCGGCGAGGAGGGUGAAGACAUGCUUUCCUUUAAAACGAUAUUUCCCAGCGAAGGCAGCAUUGGUGAGUCGUCUAUCGAUCCGAUGGACCACACUUCGUUGGAAAACUGCGACCAGAGCAGCACGUGCAGUAGCAGCACCAACUACGUUUCUCUCGCCGGCGGCAGCACGGCCGUGCAGGAGGAGGACAAAAAACGGAAGGCCUCUAAUAACCAGGCUCGUAUGGCUCAGUCGCAUUAUUUAUCGUCGGCCCGAAGUUCCCACGCCUGCAGUGGACGAAGCAACAGCAUUGAUGGCGGGAUCAUCGUUAGCGAGGGUAAGCGUAUGCGGAUCGUAAAUCCGUCAGUGUCAAGUAGCGCAAUCAUUCGAUCCAACCACGCUGGAACCAUGGAUGUGAGUGGUGCGCGGGAAAACGCCCAGCAUCGUUAUGGUAGCUGUAGCAGCAGCAGUAGCAGUAAUAUAGCAGGAACUGCAGUGACAAAUGGCACCGGUGCCCUUAGAUACUUGCGCAAAAUUCACUCAGUACCAGCACCACCCCCCACAUCGGAAUUGACUGGCGCUAGUUCGUCUUCUGUUUCGCUAAUGGCCUACAACGGCGGUAACCAUAGUCAUAAUCAGUCAUCGCAUGGUGUUGUCGGUCCGCUGGUGGACGCAGGUGUUGGUAGCGGUGGCAGUGCACCGCAACUUAAUCUGGACAGCCUGUUUGGUAACAUAUCGAUCGAUAAUUACGAGUUCGACGACAAUGCAACGAUCCAGUCGUUCAGCUUGAUCGAGGAGAAAUUUAAAACAUCGUUCGAUCAGAUACAAGAGAAGCUAGACGCCGAGCUGCCUUUCGACGAGGAGCAAAUCAAGUGGCAGAACAACCUCAUGGCGAACGAUUCGUCCAGUGAGAUCGGUGACAAGAUGCUGACCGGCGAAGAAAACAUAAUGCUUAUUUAAUGUUGAUUACUUACCAGUCCCCCGACGCAGCGGAUUUUCCUUACAUUACUUGCUAGAUUUAGGAGUAAAAUGGAACACUACUGCGCUAAGCAGUGCUCAGAUUUUCAUCUCUGUUAUUAGUUUUACCACAUCGAUCGUCUGAACUCAAUUAUGAAUAGCAGUAACGUUCACCUAUUUCAAUUUCCUUUACAUUGAAACGCUACCAUCGACAGAGGCGAACACAAAGAAAUGUUCUCUCCAUUUAUUUAACUAUAGGUUUUAUUUAUUAAUAUCGGCAUAUUUAUUCCGACCACGUUUGUGCGGCGUUUGUCAAGGUGAAUUGUUAGCUACGACUGCUACUGAACUGUAUUUCAAUUGCUAUCCUUGCCAACCUGAAACGAAACAAAUACGUAGCCAUUUCCGCAGUUGUAGCCUUGUACGCACAUUCAUUAUUAAACUAAUUUAUACACGUCGUUAUUUAUUGAUUGCCUUAAAGAGCCAUCAAGCUGCGCGAAUAUGAAUGAGUAGCAGCUAUCCGAUUGUGUAACAUGAAAUGAUUCAUAAUCAACACUCGACAACCUAGAAAGCGCGUACCGCGUGCUAAUUUAUUUUCAAAACGUAGUGUUUGACCCCUGUCGAAUGAUUCGGAGGAAAUACUAUUUGUCACAUUUUGGUAAAGCAGUUGUUAUCGCCAACGAUCUUGUGAUUUUCCUGUCUUUUUUGUGCAAGCGAAAAUGGUUUGAACUUAGCGUACACACGCGUUUACGUUUAUUAAUUGAUACCGUAGCCGAUACCAAUACCAUCUUGGAUCUUUGAGCGGAAAUUACUUCUUUGCUUUCUUAAAUAAACCGGACGCAGUUCAAGGUUAAGGAAGUUCACAGUUGCACUAAAGAGCUUGUCGAAAUCGAAGAGAACUGAUGUGUGGAUUUAUAGAAUCGUAGUCAUUUCGAUGUGGUGCCUGCGGAAAGUAAAGAUGAUCGUGCGAUCGGGGCACGUCAAACGCUCGAGAGAUGGGACGGGAUGUAACGUUAAGUACUCUUACUUUACUUAAAUCGAUUAAGGCUAUGUGCGCCGAGGAAGAGGAACAAUAUCAUGACUGAAACAAAACUUACAUGAAUAGAAUGGACCACUGUGAGCAUUCUCUUGAAUAAGUUCUUAGCGAAAAGAAGGUAGCUGGCAUUCAACGCGAAGUGGCGGUGGUAGUGCUAAUGUGUUACAACUUAUUAUAAUUACGUUCCCACGUUUAACUGUUGUCCGCAGCGAUCAGCCACGCUGUGGCGUUGGGUUUUGCUUUAGCAAUUUAUUUAAAGUUCACUACUAAUACCAUGGUGCCAUUAUUAUAUCGGAUGAACUUUUUGCGCUCAAAAAUGCCAUGAAAUAUGUUGCCCGCGGAAACAGAAUCUCGAAUCUCAGUUUAAAACAAAAGGAAUAAGCGAAGCUUUUACUAUACACAAGAGUUUGUAUGUCAUAAGCAAAGUUCAAACCGCCAUGGCAUCAAGUAACUUGAAACCAAAGGCUCGAAGGAAAAGAAAGGAAAAAAACCAUUGCGCUUAAUUUAAUUAUG